AUUUUAUGAUAAGAAUGAAUCAUUUAUUGCUGUACCCCUUCCACUAAACUUCUUUGUAUAAAUACAGGACCACCGGAGAUCCUAGAACCAUUCUUCGAUCUGGUUCAGAACCAUGAAGUUAGUAUUAUUUCUCUGCUUGUUAGGAGUGUGCCUUGUUGCGGCGGAGGAAGGUGUGAUUGACAAGUACAACCCGUACUGCAAUACCGUUGACUGCAACGACUGCUACUUUCGUCUAAACGACUGCUACGACUGCUGCAGAGACGUCCCCAUCGACUGCUACCGCAUCAACUGCUACGAAUGCGACAUCAAGUUCUGCGGUCACUGCUGCGAUUAACUCAAAAAAACCAAAACAGGUUUAUAAUGUAAAGCUAUUUUCAUUGAUAUAACUAACAAAAAUAAAUUGAGAUACCGAUUAAUUGUUUCAUCCAUAAUUCAAAUUCUAUUUCUAUUCUUUGUUUCCUACUAAUUUCUUUAUUACAUUUUAGAGGUAGUAUAAUAAAUACUUUUCUGCUAUAAUUCUUUAUUAAUAUUCAAGGAAUUCCCAUUAAGUUUAAAUAUGUCUUCUGUUUCAUUUUGGCUGGAAGAAGCUUCAAAGUUUUCUUAAGAAUGAACUUAAGUCGACGUAAAAAAACAAAACAAAAAAACAUCACCACUCAUCCGUCCUUGUAUAGGUAAUAAUAUACUUUUCUUUGACGAUAAUCUCUGUAUAAUUUAUUUUACAAAUACUGCAAUUUUUAGUGCAUCUACACCUAUACAAGAUGUAAUGAAUAUUAAUUUUAUUUGUUAGAAACAAAUAUCUAAAAACUGUAAUAAUUUGAUCUAAAUUCAAUCUCAUACAAAGAACACUGUUCAAAUAAUUUAUUUUUUUAAUUAGAAAAAAUAUGGUACAUGUUUUGUUGAUUAUAUAUCAAUGGUAAAAAUAUAUA